CUACAACUGCGUCGCUCGCAUCUCCAUCCACAUCACUGUCAUCUCAUACUUGUCCUUCAUUAACACAUCCCCAGCUCGCCGUCUCCAUCAAUCUAUCCUCCAUAACCAUCCGAAAUCCUUCUUUUUGACUCCCCUGCUCUCGCCAUCCCGUCCCCCGAAUCCGCCUCAUUGCCUCGCCUCCCUCCACCUCCCGUCGCCCCAAUAAGUGCAAGUCGGCCUCAAGAUGCCGAGUGCCACAGGAUCUAGCUGGGAGAAGUACAAAAAGGACUUUGCCGAUGAUGAGAUUCCAGAGAAGAAGAUCACGCCACUCACAGAUGAGGAUAUCCAAGUGCUGAAGACAUACGGUGCGGCGCCUUAUGCUGCAGCCCUCAAAAAGCUCGAAAAGGAAAUCAAGGAGAAACAGCAGAGCGUUAAUGAGAAGAUCGGCGUCAAAGAAUCCGACACUGGCCUUGCCCCUCCUCAUCUAUGGGAUGUCGCCGCCGACCGACAACGAAUGUCUGAGGAACAACCCCUACAAGUCGCCCGGUGCACCAAAAUCAUCCAAGACGAGAAGGACAGUGAAAAAUCAAAAUAUGUCAUCAAUGUCAAGCAGAUCGCAAAGUUUGUGGUCAAUCUCGGCGAGCGUGUUAGUCCGACGGAUAUCGAGGAAGGCAUGCGCGUAGGGGUCGACCGUCAGAAAUAUUCCAUCAUGCUCCCGCUGCCACCCAAGAUCGAUCCUUCAGUUACGAUGAUGACGGUAGAAGAGAAGCCCGAUGUGACAUAUGGUGAUGUUGGUGGCUGCAAGGAGCAGAUUGAGAAGCUGCGAGAAGUUGUAGAAAUGCCACUUCUCUCCCCCGAACGAUUUGUCACCCUGGGCAUCGAUCCUCCCAAGGGUGCUCUUCUGUAUGGUCCUCCAGGAACUGGUAAGACGCUAUGCGCAAGAGCAGUUGCCAACCGGACGGAUGCAACCUUCAUUCGAGUUAUCGGCUCCGAGCUGGUACAGAAAUAUGUCGGCGAAGGGGCAAGAAUGGUGAGAGAGCUUUUCGAAAUGGCUCGUACGAAGAAGGCCUGCAUCAUCUUCUUUGACGAAAUCGAUGCCAUUGGUGGUGCGCGGUUCGAUGACGGCGCCGGUGGUGAUAAUGAAGUGCAGAGAACCAUGCUGGAACUGAUCACACAGCUCGAUGGUUUCGACUCAAGAGGGAAUAUCAAAGUCAUGUUUGCCACGAACAGACCGUCGACAUUAGACCCGGCGCUCAUGAGACCUGGUCGAAUUGAUCGAAAGAUCGAGUUCUCUCUGCCGGACCUCGACGGCAGGGCAAACAUUCUUCGGAUUCACGCAAAGAGCAUGAGCGUUGAGAGGGAUAUUCGAUGGGAGCUGAUUAGUCGUCUUUGUCCAAACGCUACAGGAGCCGAGCUUCGAAGUGUCGCCACUGAAGCUGGCAUGUUUGCAAUUCGUGCACGGCGGAAGGUUGCUACAGAGAAAGACUUCCUUGCUGCAGUGGAAAAGGUCAUCAAGGGCAACCACAAGUUCAACUCGACCUCUACGUAUAUGCAAUAUAAUUAAGACGUGGCAAAGAAUCCACAUUGUGUUCGAUAGACGAGCGUUUGCAUUUUGGCGCAUCAGGUCACUGUACCAUAGUAAAUCUAUCAGAGAAAAGAGACUGGCGGUCUGGCCGUCAACAUUUAUCUGUUGUCUAUCUUUCCAUAUUGUGCCCUUGAGUCUGAGCUCCUAUUCGAUGUGUACCGUAGCAGUGGGCGUGCUCGCAGAGGAUUGUGC